AUGCAGGCUACAGGUCUCGCGAGGGGCCACCUCUCCCCGCUUCAUGCUGUCCCCCCAUGCCGGCGCCAUGGCAUCAUCUGCAAGGGGUACGCCCGCACCCAGACACCGCUGCUCGAGUCCUUGAAGCCCCUGAACAGGGCUCUGGAGUCGGGCACGAACGAUGAGGCCGUGGCUGCUGCACAGGAGCUGAAGGAGAGCGGGGUGCUGUGCUUGUUUGGGGAGGGGCGCCAGGUCCCCAAGCGCCCCUACACCCUGGAGGAGGUCCGUCUCAACAGGAUCGACCCCGCCGCCCUCCUGUCCCCCGUGGAUGCCACCAUGAAUGGCGUGCGCACCGGUCUCCAGGCUGUCGCGGCCAGCGGUCUCCUGGCCCUAUUAUAUGGUGGAGCGGUGGAUGUGUCCGGGGCUGCGGUGCUCGUGCUGUUGGGGGCCACCCUGGCGGUGGCAGACCAGGUAGGCACCGGCGGCGGGGUCGAGGCCCUGCUGCUGGACUUGGCGGCGCGGAAGGUGAGCGGAAGCUAUGCGUCCCGCGUGGCCACACACGAGGCCGGCCACUUCCUGGUGGCCUACCUGCUGGGCCUGCUGCCCCGCAGCUACACAUUGUCGUCCUGGGACGCCUUUCAAGCGCAGGGCCGGCUGGGUGUCCAGGCGGGGACCGAGUUCUGCGAUGGCGACUUCCAGCGAGAGGUAGCCAGCGGGAAGCUGUCCUCCAACAGUCUCGAUGCCUUCACCUGCCUGGGUCUGGCCGGCGUGUGCGCUGAGACCGUGGUCUACGGCCGGUCCGAGGGCGGGCUGGCCGACAUUGCCCAGCUGGACUCGCUGCUGCGGCGGAUCAACUUCAACCAGGCCAAGGCUGAUGACCAGGUGCGAUGGUCGGCCAUCAACGAUGUCGUGCUGCUGAGGCGGCAUGCCGCUGCCCAUGCCGCACUCACAAAAGCCAUGCAAGCAGGAAAGAGCGUUGCUGAGUGCAUCGCUGCGAUUGAGGCUGCUGAGGCGUAG